AUGAUGCAGCAACAGAUCAUUGGAAAACCAACCUGGGUGGGCCUGAAGGACACCCCUAUGGGAGCCGAGUGCCUGAACAGCGACUUCGUAACCUGGGCUUCUAUCCUUGGCGAGGAUCCCAAGGAGCUUGACGCCACCUCCGAUAAAUCGAGGAUCACUUCUAGGCGGCCAAGGCAAGUUCCGCAGUAA